AUGAGUCAUCCUCCGCCAGUUUCCUGUAUUCCAAACACUGCCAAAAUGUCGAAAGCUAAAAAAGUUAUUGAAGAAGCAAAAGAAAUUAAUAAUCCUGAAAUUGACUUAGUCGACAAAGGAAUUUCCAGCCUUGAAGAAUUGCCAGGCCUAUUCAGUCUCGAAAACAUAACACGUUUGACAUUAAGCCAUAACAAAUUGCAAAGUGUUCCUGCUGGUUUAGCAAAUCUCAUUAAUUUGGAAAUUCUGAAUCUUGCUAAUAAUCACAUUGAAGAGCUGCCAGUCAGUUUGUCAUCCUUGCCGAAACUUCGCAUACUCAAUGUUUCACUCAACAGGCUGUAUACUUUGCCCAGAGGUUUUGGCGCCUUCCCUGUGUUGGAAAUUCUGGACUUGACAUAUAAUAACUUAAAGGAACAAACAUUGCCAGGAAACUUCUAUAUGAUGGAAAGUCUCAGAGCCUUGUAUUUGGGUGAUAAUGAUUUUGAAUAUCUACCUCCUGAGAUUGGAAACUUGAAAAAUUUACAAAUUUUAUCAAUGAGAGAAAAUGACCUGAUUGAAGUACCCAGAGAACUGGGCCAGUUGUCAAGGCUAAGAGAGCUCCACUUGCAAGGAAAUCGUCUUGUUGUUUUGCCACCAGAAAUUGGGUCAUUAGAUCUUGCCAGCAACAAAUCAGUGCUACGGCUUGAAGGGAACUUCUGGGUGCCACCAAUUGAGGAUCAGCUCAAAUUGGGGCCAUCUCAUGUGCUUGAUUACUUGCGCUCUGAAACCUACAGAGUGUUGUAUAGCCGUCACAUGUCCGCAAAACCGCCACCGCCGCCACAAAAUCUUGAUAAAAGCAAGAAAGCAAGCCGAGCUCGCUCU